AUGUCGCCGACUCCUGGAGUUCACUCCCUGGACGGGUUCAGUAUGAUUGGUCCUGGGAUAUAUCUUCGGGAUAACCGUGAGCAAAGCCAAGACUCGGACACCACAUCACCAAAAGUCAUUUUAAUAUUCGGAUGGAUGGGUGCCCAACUUAGGUAUUUGCAGAGUUACACCCAUGCAUAUACCAAAUUAUAUCCAAACGCGUCUCAAAUCGUUGUUCGGUGCAACCCUGGUAUUUUCUGGAGUACAACCAAUACUAUACAACAGCGUCUCGUGCCUGUGAUUGAUGCUUUAAAGGCAUUGCAUUGUUUGCCAUCUUCUGGAUCACCCUCUGCGCAAAGGCGUCCCCGAAUACUAACCCACGUGUUUUCCAAUGGAGGCUGCCUGCAAAUGUCAUAUCUUGGUCGCAUGCUACAACAGAAAUAUGGUUCUGUAUCUGCCCAAUGGUCAUUCACAAGCGCACUCAUCUUUGACUCAUGCCCAACAACUGUGAAAUUGAAUACAAUCAAACGCGUGUUCAGCACUCUGGUCCAGAACCCAAUUGUCAAAUCCGUCGUAGUCACCUUCGUAUCCACGGUGUACUUCAUCCGCUUCUGCCUGUCUCUGCUGUUCGGUAAGCAAAUGAUGUUGAUUUCAGACAUCCGCAUCGACAUGCAGAAUCCCCGCGUUCUACCGUGGAUGGGCCUUCACACUCCCCGCCUCUACUUUUUCUCGCGCAAGGAUAAAUCGAGUCCGUGGCAAGAGGUCAUGCACCAUGCCAAGACAGUAAAGGAAGGCGGAAUGGAUGUUCGGUGCGAGCUGUUUGAAGAGAGCGAACAUGUGGCACACAUGCGGGUCGAGCCAGAAAGGUAUUGGUCUUCGGUACAAGAGGUUUGGGUUGUCGCAAUCUCCAAGGAGAAAGGCGAGCAGAGAAUAUCGCAAACUCCGCCAGCUCAGCAGCGUAGCCUCCUUUAGCAAUAGCAGCAAUCUGCAUUCAUAAUUGCCUGUCACGUACGUUUGUUAUAUAAGUCUUCCUACAGUCCGAACGCAAUAGCCCUAGCUGCGAGACCACCUUUAGGAAAUUCUUGCAAGGGUGAGGGAAGAUUGGAGUCCUUCGAGACCGGGCAUCCUUCCAGGGUCUCUGAGUCAGAUGCAGUACGUGCUACACAGUACGAGUGCUACUGUGGUUGAUAUGUAGUGCGCGUGCUUGUGGGCGGUGCUCUUGUCCAUGCUAGCACUGAUGUUGUUUCGAAUAAUGGGCAGUGUGUUUGACUCCCAGUCCACUACGACGUUAGUGGAGG